UGAUGAAGAUCGAGGGUAGGGCAGUGGAUGUUGUCUACAUGGACUUGACAAGGAUCCUCAUGGGAGGCUAUUCCAGAAGAUUAAGUCACACAGGAUCCAUAGAGAGUUGAUGGCCUACAGAAUACAGCCAGUGAUGCAAUGAUUCCUCAACUGAUUUUCAACUCCAAUCAAAUCAAUCAUGUUUAACACAGGAGGACGUCACUGCUGCAUCCUCCAAUUUUCCCUGUCUUUCUUGGACACCCUGUAUCCAGGCAUAUGAAGGGCCCAGAUCUUAUUGAGCUAGUUAUAUUUACUCCCAUAAGAUCUUAAUUCCGGGUUAACAGCUUUAACCCAGGUACAAUCUAAUGGCUUUAUCCUGGGUUCACUUUAUCCUAGCUCUCACUCACUGUGUUAUCCCAGCUCCCACUCUCAUUGUGUUAUUCCAGUUCCCACCCCCUCACGUCUUAUCCCACCUCCCACUCUCAGUGCAUUAGCCCAGCACUCUCACUCACUGCGUUAUCCCAGCUCUAACCAAAACUGCGUUAUCCGAGCCCCCAAUCUCACUGCGUUAUCCCAGCACCGUGUCUUACUGCGUGAUCCCGCAUUGACCCUCACUGUGUUAUUCCAGUUCCCACCCUCACUGCGUUAUCCCAGCUCCCACUCUCGCUGCAAUAUCCUGACUUCCACUGUCACUGCAUUAUCCCAUCUCCCACUCACUGCAUUAUUCUGGGUUCACUCUCACUGUGGUAUCUAGCUUCCACUCUCUCCAUUAUCCCAGCUCUCGAUCACUACAUUAUCACAGCUUCCACUCAAUCCGAUAUCCCGGGUUCACUGUCACUACGUUAUCCCAGCUCCCACUUACUGCAUUAUCCCAGCUCCCACUCACUGCGAUAGUCCGUGUUCACUGUCACUGCAUUAUUCCAACCCCCAGUCUCACUGCGUUAUCCCAACUCCCACUGUCACUGCGUUAUCCCAGCUCCCACUUACUGUGUUAUCCCGGGUUCACUCUCAAUGUGUUAUCCCAGCUCUCACUCACUGUGUUAUCCCAGCUCCCACUCUCACUGUGUUAUCCCAGCUCUCACUCACUGUGUUAUCCCAGCUCCCACUCUCACUGUGUUAUCCCAGCUCCCACUUACUGCGUUAUCCCAGCUCCCAGUCAGUGUGUUAUUGCAGCUCCCGAUCACCGGUUAUCCCAGCUCCCGAUCACUGCAUUAUCCCAGGCCCCACUUACUGCAUUACCCCAGCUCCCAUUCACUGUGUUAUCCCAGCUGCUACUCUCACUGUACUAUCCCCUCUCCCAUUCAUUGUGUUAGCUCAGCUCCCACUUACUGCGUUGUCCCAGGUUCACUCUCGCUGCAAUAUCCCAGCACCGACGCUCACUGCGUUAUUCCAGCUCCCAGUCUCACUGCGUUGUCCCACUCCCACUGUCACUGCAUUAUCCCAUCUCCCACUCACUGCAUUAUCCUGGGUGCACUCUCGGUGCGUUAUCUCAGCUCCCACUCACUUGGUUAUCCCAGCUUCCAGUCACUCCAUUAUCCGAGUUCCCGAUCACUGCAAUAUCCUGGGUUCACUGUCACUGUAUUAUCCCAGCGCCCACUUACUGUGUUAUCCCAGGUUCACUCUCACUGCAUUACCCCAGCUCCCACUCACUGUGUUAUCCCAGCUCCCAGUCACUGCGUAAUCGCAGCUCCCACUUAUUGCGUUUUCCGGGGUUCACUGUCACUGCGUUAUCCUGGGUUCACUCUCAUUGCGUUAUCUCAGCUCCCACUCACUUGGUUAUCCCAGCUCCAAGUCACUCCGUUAUCCCAGCUCCCACUCACUGUGUUGCCCCAGCUCCUACUCACUGUGUUAUCCCAGCUCCCACUCACUGUGUUACACCAGCUCCUACUCACUGUGUUAUCCCAGCUCCCACUCACUGUGUUAUCCCAUCUCCCACUCACUGUGUUACCCCAGCUCCCACUCACUGUGUUACCCCAGCUCCUACUCAUUGUGUUAUCCCAGUUCCCAGUCACUGUGUUAUCACAGCUCCCGACCACUGUGUUAUGCCAGCUCCCGAUCACUGUGUUAUCCAGGCUCCCGAUCACAGCGUUAUCCCAGACCCCACUUACUGCAUUAUCCAAGCUCCAACUCAGUGCGUUAUCCCAGUUUCACUCUGACUGCGUUAUCCCAGCUCCCACUUACGGCAUUAUCCUGGGUUCGCUCUCACUGUAUUAUACUAGCUUCCACUCACUGUGUUAUCCCAGCUCCCAGUCACUGUUAUCACAGCUCCCACUUACUGCGUUGUCCAGUGUUCACUCUCACUGCAUUAUCCCAGCUGCCACUUACUGCGUGAUCCCGGGUUCACUCUCACUGCAUUAUCCCAGCUCCCACUUACUGCAUUAUCCUGGGUUCAUUCUCACUGCGUUAUCCCAGCUCCCACUUACUGCAUUAUCCUGGGUUCACUCUCACUAUAUUAUACUAGCUUCCACUCACUGUGUUAUCCCAGCUCCCACUCAUUGUGUUAUCCCAGCUCCCACUCUCACUGUAUUAUCCCAGCUCCCACUCUCACUGUGUUAUCUCAGCUCCCACUCAUUCUGUUAUCCCAGCUCCCACUCUCACUGUAUUAUCCCAGCUCCCACUCAUUCUGUUAUCCCAGCUCCCAGUCACUGUGUUAUUGCAGCUCCCAUUUACUGCGUUGUCCCAGGUUCACUCUCACUGCAUUAUCCCAGCACCGACGCUCACUGUGUUAUUCCAGCUCCCAGUCUCACUGCGUUGUCCCAUUCCCACUGUCACUACAUUAUCCCAUCUCCCACUCACUGCAUUAUCCUGGGUUCACUCUCGGUGCGUUAUCUCAGCUCCCACUCACUUGGUUAUCCCAGUUUCCAGUCACUCCAUUAUUUCAGCUCCCGAUCACUGCAAUAUCCUGGGUUCACUGUCACCACCUUAUCCCAGCUGUGUUAUUUCAGUCCCCACUUGCUGUGUUAUCCCAGAUCGCCCUCACUGCUUAAUCCCAGCACCAAGUUACUGUGUUAUGCCAGCCCCCACUCUCACUGCAUUACCCCAGCUUCCGUUCUCGUUGCAUCAUCACAGCUCAUUCUCACUGCUCCCACGCUCACUGUGUUAUUCCAUCUCCCACACAAUGUGUUAUCCCGAGUUCACUCUCACUGCGUUAUCCUGGCUCCCAUUUACUGUGGUAUCCCAGGUUCACUCUCACUGCAAUGUCCCAGCUUCCACUUUCUGUGCUAUCCCAGCUCCCGCUUACUGCAUAAUGCCAGCUCCCGCCCUCACUGCAUUAUUCCAGCUCCAACCCUCACUGCAUUAUCCCAUCUCCCACCCUCACCGUGCUAUCCCAACUCCCACUCUCACUGUGUUAUCCCAGCUCUCAUUCAUUCUGUAAUUCCAGCUCCCAGUCACUGCGUUAUCGCAGCUCCUGAUCACUGCGUUAUCCCAGCUCUCGAUCACUGCGUUAUCCCAGCUCCCGAUCACUGCAUUAUUUCAACUCCUAUUCGCUGUGAUAUCCCGGGUUCUCUGUCACCAUGUUACCCCAGCUCCCAUUCACUGCAUAAUCUCAGUUUCCACUUACUGCAUUAUUCCAGCUGCCACUUACUAUGUUAUCCAAGCUCCCACUCAUUGCAUUAUCCCAGUUUCACUCUCAUUGCGUUAUCCCAGUUCCCACUGUCCGUGCAUUAUCCCAGCUCCCACUCUCACUGAUUGUCCCAGCUUUCACUCUCACUGCAUUAUCCCAACUCCCACUCUCACUGUGUUAUCCCAGCUCACUCUCAUUGCAUUAUCCCAGCUCCCAGUCACUGUGUUAUCAUAGUUCCCGAUCACUGCGUUAUCUCAGGUUCACUCUCACUGUGUUCUCCCAGCUCCCACUUACUGCAUUAUUCACACUCUGACAGCAUUAUCCCAGCUCCCACUCACUGCUUAAUUCCAGCUUCCACCAAAACAGUACCCAGUCUCACUGCAUUAUUCCAGCACCCAAUCUCACUGCAUUAUCCCAGCUCCCACUCUCUCUGCAUUAUCCUGGGUUCACCCUCACUGUGUUAUCCCAGCUCCCACUCUCACUGCGUUAUCCCAGCUCCCACUCUCACUGUGAUAUCCUGGGUUCACCCUCACUGUGUUAUCCCAGCUCCCACUCACUGUGUUAUACCAGGUUCACCCUCACUGUGUUAUCCCAGCUGCUACUCACUGCGUUAUCCUGGGUUUAUCCUCACUGUGUUAUCCCAGCUCCCACUCUGAAUGCAUUAUCCCAACUUCCACCUUGUUGCAAUAUUCCCAGUUCGCCCUCACUGUGUUGUCCCAGAAUUUUUCUGCCUGGUAUAUUCCUCCAUUCAGUGUUGCUGAUAUAUUGCUUUAUCUCAUUUCUUUAUUGCUGAUGCACUCUCCCUGGUCUAGUUGGAGACAGUCAUUAUUCAGCACUUUUGUGACAUGAUUGGUUCUUGUCAUUUUUCAGUUGACGCCUGAAUGUUGUCUCGGUCUUUUUUUGUGAGCAACGUCAACAUUUAUGUUCAGACAGUCUGCAUUAUUUGUAUUGUUUCAAGACUGUUGUAUCAGUUAAUUGAUAUGAAAGAGUUAAUUUGAGCUUAUAUAUUUCGCAGUCACUGGGGAAAUUGUUUUGACAGUCUAGGGGAAUCUUAAGGCAUCUUAUGGUAUAGUUUGUUGGAGAUGGUUCACUCCACAUGUUACCAUCAAUUUAAUGUCACCUGUAUGGAGUUUCGAAAGUGUAAAAAACCUUAUCUUGUUAGCUGAAAUAAGUCCCUCUUCUUCAUCAUUCAUACUUCACCAUAACUACUAGAAAUAACUGUGCCUAGCAUGGGAAGAUGGAUUGUUGUUAGCAUUUUGCCUGCAGAUUGGAAAACAGCAAAUGUGACGCCACUGUUUAAAAAGGGAAGUAGACAAAAGAUGGGGAAUCAUA